GCUGCGGUGUGCUGAGGGGGCCAGCGGGCUAGAGGCGCGGGCCCUGAGGCGCCCGGCCCUCCUCCGCGAGGAGCCGAGUCGGGACUGUCGCCCCGCCAGGCCCUGCACUGCAGGUUACUCUGGGCCCUUGCCGAAGGUCUGUUCUGAAAAUUGUGUUUAACUGAAUUUUCUGCUAGAGGAAUUUGUUGCUACUGUUUAUCAAGAUGAUUGCUACACCUUUGAAACACCCAGGAAUUCACUUGUCUUCAGAAUUAUCUUCUCAAAAGAGAAAUAUGCCCGUGCAUGCAAUCUUUUUUGACAACAUUCCUUCAGGCACACUAACCCCCGUGAAAGAUUUAGUGAAAUAUCAGGGCUCCUCUUUAAAAUUUAAUGACAAUAAAAAGAAUCAAUUCCUAGAAAUGACAGUUUUUAAUAAUAAAAAUGUAUUUCAGUCUACCAUGCUAACAGAGGCUACUACCACUAACAGUUCUCUUGAUAUCAGUGCUAUAAAGUCCAACAUGGAUAUAUUACAAAAUAAAGCAAACUAUGAAUCACCAGGAAAAAUAUUUCAAAGAAUGAAAGAAAAAGUACUACGUGAUAAGCAAGAACAAGUAUCAAGAAAUGGAACUUUUUUGGGAUCACCAAAAACUGAAAAUAAUAAAAUUUUCAGUCCUGAUGAAACUGAGAAAAGAAUAUUGCGGAAUACUUACAUCUCUGAAGAAAAGGAAAACAACAAAACCUUCCAAUCAGUCCCAACCUCAGUCCCAGAAGCUCCUUUCAAAUCAAAUAAUACUUUCCUUCCAGUCAAGCAGAAGAUUGGAUGUCAGGAAAAUAAAGCACCUCCGCACAAUUUAACUUAUGAGCUUUUGGUUCUGAAUCCUGAACAGGAAAAUGUUGCAGCUUCAGGUACCUCCAACAGGGCAUUAACUAGAGCUCAGCUGGCUAAACAGAUUCUUCACUCAAAAGAAAAUGCAACUGUAACCACUGAGUCCAAAAAGAACACCUUUGUUGUAGAAGGCAAUGAUUCCACCUAUGAAAAAUCCCAAAAUACUAGUAUUGAGACUCUCACUACUAACUGUGUUCCAAUUAAAAAUGGCAUUCAACUAAUGACAUCUGAUUAUAAGGUGACAACAAAAGGAAUCUCACAAUGGGAAGUAAAGGAAGAGAAAGAGAAAGCAAUGCCCAGAGAAACCGAUCUUUCAGCUUCCAUGAAUGAUAGAUGUAAAAUUGUGCUUGCAACGCCAAGAUUUCAUACAACAAUACCUCAGAAAGCAAAAAGAAAUGCUUCAAGGUGUUCUCUUCAAAGUACAUUUCAAACUAUUACAAAUGAAGUAAAAAAAAAUAAGGUAGUUCAGCUGAAGGAUUGGAUGAUUAAAAGCAUCAAGGAUAACACUGCUGUAUGUGUAGAAGGAAAAUUGAUAGAUGUCACUAACAUAUAUUGGCACAGCAAUGCAAUUAUAGAACGAAUUGAGCACAACAAACUUAGGACUUUAUCAGGCAACAUUUACAUAUUGAAAGGAGUAAUAGACAGGAAUUCUAUGAAAGAAGCAGGAUAUUCAAAUUAUUUCAUAAGGAAGUUUAUGUUUGGAUUUCCAAAAAAAUGGGAAGAGUACAUUGGUAGUUUUCUAGAACAAUUAAGGGCUUGUGAAAAGAAAGGGGGAAAGACCAGACAAAAACAGAAAGUUGGACUAUUUGUCCCUGAUGUUAAAAAAUCAAUGAAAAGUGAUGCAGGAGAAAACCAGUCAGAUGUCCUUCAAAGAGCCCACACCACUUAUGACCUUGAUUGUGAUCAUUUGGAACUGAAGAACAGUAAGCACAAUAGGUUGCCAGGAGCUACAGAAUUAAAUGUUUGUCACAGUAAUCACCAAAAUAAACCAACAUUAAGGCUUCCAGAUGAUCAAAUAAAUAGUACUGUUCAAGCUGGAGGAGAAUAUGACUUAUCUAAUCGGGAAAUAAUUAGAAAAGGAGUAUAUAAAAAGUUGUCUUCAAAGAAACUUGAAAAUUAUGACAGAACAAAUGAAAGAAUACAUAAGGAAGAGAGAAUUGAAGAUUUGAAUGUACCCAUUGAUAUUCUAACUUCAAGGGAAAAAUUUUUCUCAGACAAAGGAAGAAAACACAUGACUGUUAAUCCAAGGGAUGCUUAUAUUUCAGUAACACCACUUAAAUCUAAAAAGGUGAUUGAGCAAAAAUGUAUAAAGUAUAAUCUGUCCUCUAGCACCAUUCAAGCAGUAACAGACUAUGUCCUGCUAAGGCACCAGGAAAAAAAGGAAUCAGAUAUAAACGAAACUGUAAGUCCGACCUAUAAGCCCACAGAGUCUUUAGAAGAUGCAACUGAGAAUAGUAUGGGACUUAAAUAUAAAAACAAAGAAAGUUGCAGUGAAUGUCAUAUACUCACUGUUGGUCCUAAAAAGGAACAAAUGAUCACUUCUGACUUUAAAAAAAAUCCAAAGUUGUUACCAAAAUCGAAGAAAAUCAAAAAUCAAGUAACUAUGUCAUUUUACAAGCAUGAAUCUUCAUCAGAUUUGUCUAGUGAAGAGAGUGAAACAAAAAAGGAAAUUAGAAGGAAAACUCAGGUUAAAAAAAUCAGAACAAGAAAUACCAAAGAAACAGUGAUUCAGCUGAGAAAAAGCACAACAAACACAAGGAAAAUACCAGUGAUUUCUGAAUCUGAAACUGAAGAGAGUGAAGAUGAAUUUCACAUCAAACGAAAGAAAGCCAGAUGUUCUGCCAAAGAAACUGAGCAGAAAUCUGGUGUUAGGAAUGAACUUCCAGCUAUUGAGGCAAUGGGAUAUGGUAAGAUGAAUAGACAUUCCUUAAAAUGUUUACCUGCUGUAAUUCACACUGAGGACUGGAAUGAGGAGGAGUUACAGAAACUUCAUUGUGCUUUUACAUCUCUUCCAAAGCACAAACCUGGGUUUUGGUCAGAUGUAGCUAUGGCUGUAGGUUCUCGAUCUGCUGAAGAAUGCCAGAAGAAAUACACAGAAAAUCCCCGAGGAAAAGGAUCCCAGACACAUGUCACUGAGAAAAAGCCAGUCAAUCCCAAAAACCGAAAUGGCAAAAUUGGUGAUGCUGAUAAGACACAAACAAUUAAGAUAACUGCCAGAGUGGGAACUCUUAAAAGGAAGCAGCAAAUGAGGGAUUUUCUGGAACAGUUGCCAAAAGAUGACCAUGAUGAUUUCUUCAGUACAAACCCUUUGCAGAAUCAAAGAGUACUGUUGCCAAGUUUCCGGGACAGUAAAGAAGAGGAUGAUAUUCUGCCAAAUAUGGACAGAAAUCCAUCAACUCCAUCAUCAGUUAUCUUUCCAUUGGCAAAAACUCCUCAGUGUCAGCAUGUCAGUCCUGGCAUGCUAGCCUCUAUAAAUAGGGAUGAUUGUGAUAAAUAUGUUUUUCAUAUGCAAAAAAGACAUAAAGGUGGUGUUGUCUGGGGCAAUAUCAAGAAAAAAAUAGUUGAAAAUGAUUUUUCAACUCCAACGUCAAGGAAAAACCCAUUUAACAAAGAAUUAGGAGAAAGCUCUGGUAUUGGAAAACUUUUUACUAAUGCUAUGGAAUCUUUAGAUGAAGAAGAGAACGAUUAUUACUUUUCAAACUCGGAUUCUACAUAGUAAAAAUGAGAAUAUUUCCAUGAUUUUUCUCAAGAAGCAGUGCAUUUAUAUUUUCAUUUGAAGUAUAUUUCUUUGUAACACGGCUACAGAUGAAAUUGUGGACUCCUUUUCAAAGGAUUUAUGUAUUUUUAUUCAAAGUAAAUUAUCUUUCCAUAUAAUAUUCCUUAUUGCUGCAGCUUACUAAAAAUGUAAGGAAAGUUAUUUUGUUUGUAUAGAUAUUUGUAAAUUUCUUUUUUACACUAUUAAAAUAUACAGAUAAGACGGUCUUUGUAAGUACCUAAGACUGCUUUUAAAAAUCAUGUUCCACAUAGAUUUUUAAGAUGUUUUCAAGAAAAUGUUACUAUCCUUAAGGAUGGAGGGGGAAAAUAAAAAUUAGAUUGUACUUGUCAGGAGGCUGCUGAAUUCAUGAAGACUUUGUUAGCAUUUGUCACCACUUGGUAUACAAGCCAGUUGAUCUAAUGGUUAACUUUACAUGUUGUUGAAACUGAUGUGCUUUCUCCUGAUUUUUUUUUCUUAAAGCUUGUGAUCAGCAUAUCUCAUAAGUAAAUUUAAUGUAUUGCUUUUUCAUUUUCUUAGGUAAAAUGGAACUGAUUUUGUUGCACUCUUAAGCCCUAUUUACAUAUCUAUAGAACUUAAAUUUGGUUUCAACACUAGAAAGAUUGCAUUAGUAAUAAACCUACCAUUGUAAGACCUCAACUUGAUAUAUCAUGUCAUAGUAGUCAUAGUAAACAUUUUCCUUCAUAGUAAAAGAAAUAAACUUAUUUUAGUUUUUUUCUGCUAUUAUGUUUUAAAUUUCGACAUGGAAUAUUUUCCCAUCCUCACAGUACUUAUUUACUACCCUUUCUCUCCAGCUGGGUUGUCCAAAUAAAGUUUGUUUGC